UGCUUUCGAGACCGAAAGUGGUGGCGCGAGAGCUCAAGUCUAGGUCUAUACUCACCGCCUUUCGAUAUGAAAUUAUUCUGCCGCAAAAUGCUCUCUGUUCUGCGACAGAGAUUAGAGAUCCGGAUAGCUUCACGAAUCCUCCCUCUAUUGCUGGGAAUAUCACUUCUUUCAGAAUAGGUCUUGAAUAACCCAGCAUGGCUAGUACGACAGGGGCUUCCAAGCCGUCAUCUGCGAUCCCUCACCACCCACCUUCACUCUCUCUGCCGCCGUCGCAAUUCGCCAGACUCCAACCACAUGCUUAUCUCCUCGCCCACUUGUCACCUCCUGCCUCGAGUAAUCAGCCUUCGAUACGUGCCAAUGGCCGCGCACCAUCUCAAUUUCGCAUCACGUCAGCGAACGCAGGGUCGUUGACGCACGCGAAUGGUAGCGCCGUCGUCAGAGUCGGCGACACAGUUGCAGUUUGUGGGGUACGAGCAGAAAUCCUGCACACUGAAGACAUCGCCGCAUGGGGAGUAUCUGCAUCGUCAUCUGCAGUGAAAAAGAGAAAGACUGGAGAUCCGACAGACGAUGUGGAUGAGGAGGAUGACUCGCAGAUUCGAGACUUCGACUUACUUGUGCCCAACCUGUCCUUGAGCACAGGAUGCGGACCAGGCUUUAUACCAGGAGCCGCACCAUCUACACUCGCACAGUCAUUGUCACACCAGCUCCUUUCACUCCUACACACAUCUCGUCUUGUGCGUGCGGAAGACCUUCGCAUCUGGUACGAGCAGCCGGACUUCCUCUCCUUGGACCGACAUAAUGAGGAGGAGAUGGAGACGGAUGAGAAAAAGCAUUCGGGGGCUUCAAAGAGAGAAAUCAAAGCUUUCUGGGUUCUCUACAUCGAUGUGAUGAUUAUUUCGUUGGCCGGAAACCCCUUCGAUGCCGCCUGGGCGGCUGUACUGGCUGCGCUGCGGGAUACAAAGCUACCGAGGGCAUGGUGGGAUCUGGAUAACGAGAUUGUUGUCUGCUCGGAUGAGCUAUCUGAAGCGAGGAAAUUGACAUUGCGAGGAAUUCCCGUGGCCAGCUCCUAUUCCGUUUUCGAAGCGGAUGCUGCGGCUGCAUGGAGGGCCGUCGUUAUCCCGGAUGUUGACCAGGAGAAGGAGCAGGCAGAGAAAGUCGCUGGCCAGAGAUGGAUCCUUGCAGACCCUGACGCAUUCGAGGAAAACCUGUGCCAGGAGAGUGUGCGCGUUGUGGUAGAUAAAGACAAUGGAGGGAAGACUAAGAUCGUGAAAUUGGAGAAGAAUGGCGGGCUAGCUGUGGAUAAAGAGGAAUUGAGGAAGCUCGUUGAGCUCUCUACACAGAGAUGGGAACAGAUCAAAAACAUGUUGGAAGGGCUGAGGUAG